GGAAUUUGGCCCCAUGUAUGACACGGCACUGCAGACUCUGAUGUGGGAGUUCCUCUCCAGGCUGGAGAAACUGCUCCCAACACCAACAUUUCAACAGACUGCAUCCUGGCUCAGACCUGCCCCCUCUAUGCUGAAGGAGUGUGCACAGUCUGUGACUCAACCUCAGCCUUUGAAGACUCUCCUCCAGCACCACACAUGCCAUGGCCAUUUGUUCGCUAAUGCUCAUUCAUCUUGUGCCGAUGAUCGCAUCCUCUCUUCACUGUCUCACAAGUUUCCACCCUCAGAGAGAGCCACAUGRGCACCCAGAAAAGAAAGGGACACUUUGAUAGAGCAAGAUAAUGCAGAGAAGGAGCUGGGGAUGAGUUUGYACACGGUUAACAAGGCAGUGGAAAUGACGGAUAGAAGGAACGAAGAAUGGGGAGAGAAGAACUAUGAGGAGAGACUGCAACAUCAGUUGGCUUAUAAUGUUUUACAGGUCGAGAUUGUAGAUGGAGAAGACGUGUCCUCGACGUCAUUGACAACAGCCGACAAUGUCGGACAGACCUGGACCCCAAAGGAAACGGAAGCGCUGAUCUCUGUAUGGUCAAAGAAACAGAUUCUUCAGGAGAUGGAACGAAGUUACAGAAAAAAACAUGUGUACAGCGACAUUUCAAAGCAGAUAAAGGACCUUGGCGUCAAAAGGACUUGGAAGCAGUGUCAAACAAAGAUAAAGGACAUGAAGUUCAGCUACAGACAAACACUGAGGAACCCAAGCAGUAGUGGCCGAGUCAGCUGUCCGUUCUUUUCUGAACUGAACACAUUUCUCGCCGCCACAGCUGAUGCAACUGAUAUCCAGUUGCCCGAGUCGAAGGAAACCGUCAAGGUUUCAGAUCCAGAAGUCAUGUUCUCAGAUCAGGGUGACGGGCCUUCUGUGGAUGUCAAGUUAGAGAAUCUACACGAGGAAAUGGCUUCCAGAAAAGAGACACACAAGACGCUCACCGGAAUGAAAACAGAAGCGAGGAAAGGGGAUGAGGCUGUUCACAGCCCUCAAAGUGACAGCAGGGUGAAAAUCGGAAGAAUAUCCCACCGUUGCGAACAGAUGGUUGAAGACAAGUCAGAUUUGGACCUUCAGCCCGUAGUGAUGUUGACGCAACUUGAUGAAACCCUUCUGAUGACAGGUGGUGAUCCUCGUCCUGUUUCCCAUACCACAGGGCAGUCUUCUAAAAGAAGCAAACGUGCCAAAAUAUGCUCCUUUUGUGGGAAGAGUUUUGUUGAAGCAAAAGAUUUGACGACACACAUGAGAACUCACACUGAGCAGAGCCCUCACCAGUGCACCCAGUGUGGGGAAGGCUUUGAACAUCCGGACGACUUACAAAAACAUUGGCAGAAUGAUUGUGAGGAGAUGAUGAAACAGGAGGUCAAUGAACACCGGCAUGGAAAGGACAGGAUCUCUGGAGAGUCCAGUAAUGCAAGUACUGAUCCAAAAACAUGCCAUCUAUGCCAUGAGACUUUUGAAUUUCAGUAUGUGUUGAAAAAUUGCCUUAUUGUAUUUCACAAAGGCAAAAGCCUUUAUAAGUGUCCUCUGUGUAUGAAGGGUUUUGGGUUCCUCAGUGAUUUGAAGAAAGACCAGAUUAACAAAAGAGGUUGUCCUACAAGUGAAGCCGUCAAAAAAAGGAAGGAGUUGGGGUCAAAUGAAAAUGUUGUCGGACUGAACUCGACCCCCAACAAGUGCCCUGACGUCUUCAAGUGCUCCUUUUGUGAAGAGAUCUUUUCUCGGUGCAUGGACCUGAAGAGCCACUACAGUCGUACUCAUCAAUUUACGGGACCGUUCCCCUGCCCUUCUUGUCAGACGACUUUUGUUUCGUUAACUGAGCUGCGCUUACAUCAGAGAAAUGAGUCCACUCCUUACCAAUGCUCUAUGUGCCAGCGAUCAUUCUUAUCACUCGAUAAGCUGACUGUUCAUGAGAGAAUUCAUACAGGGGAGAAACCGUACCUCUGUGCUGAGUGUGGAAAAGGUUUCCGGGAUGCAAAAACCCUGGAAGAACACUCUAAGAUUCAUAUUGAGGGAGAACUCCACACCUGCUCCCAUUGUGGGAAAAGUUUCAAGCGAAAAGAGCUAUUGAAACAGCACAUGUUAAAUCACAAAGAUGCCGCUUUCAUCUGCCCAGACUGUGGGAAGAAGUUUUUUCGGUUGGUAUGGUUAAGAAGGCAUAUGUUAAUCCACACUGGCGAGAGACCGUUCCUCUGUGAUCUCUGCGGGAAGGGUUUCAAAUCUACAGUUGAAUUGAGGUUGCACACCCGGACACACACUGGAGAACGGCCGUUCAAGUGUCCAGAAUGUGGAAGAAGUUUUAAGCAGAAGUGUCAUCUGCAGAUACAUCGGCGGACACACACAGGGGAGCGGCCGUAUCCGUGCACCGUGUGCGAUAAACGCUUUUAUGUCAGCAAAGAUAGAAAACGACAUAUGCUCAUCCAUACUGGAGAGAAGCCGUUCAAAUGUCAAGUAUGUGGCAUGGCUUUCAACCGUAAAGGGCAUUUGAGGGUACACCAACAAACCAAGAGGUGUUCCUAUAGGCACACAAGUCCCCUGCAUAGCACAUCAUUAUAAUAAGUGGUUUCCUGACUGACAGAACUGGACCUGAUUCUUUAAGCCACAUUUUAAGAUGGGCGUCCCAUCAAGUAAUAAUAUGAAGCUAAGAAAACGUAUUAGUUUACAAAGUGACAACAAUAUAAACCACGGAGUACUAGCCUAUGUUAGUUUUUUGUUACAAUGAUGGAUUUUGUAAAAAACUUCAAGGACGUGUUAUGUAUGUGACUGUUAUUAAAUUGUUUUUUUAAAGGCA